UCUUAGUGCUGGGAGAAGUGUGGGUUUUUUUUUUCUGUGCAAUAAGACUAAUCAGGGUAGCGUUCCUUAAAUGUGAGUGACUUGCACUGGUGAAAUGCUCCAAUCCCCAUUGUUUCACUUAGAUAUUAUUAACCUUUUUCUGUAGCAAUCCGAAUUUGCACUGCUGACUUUUCUUCUGUGCCCUCAGUGCUGCUUGUUUCAUCUUCAGUGAAGAAACUUAUAGAUGUCUAAAUGCUAACAUAUUGGAGUGGAAGCUGAAUUUUGUGACUUGUGAAGUCUUGUGAACCCUGCAUAUGUUCAUUGCUGCUAUUGGACUCCCGUUCUAUUAGAUUUCAGCUCCCUUCCUCCUGAGUGGAAUUAAGAGAAUCUUGACAGCUAAUCCCUUGUAUGCUUGUGGAGACAAAGGCAACCAGCCAUGCUUUCAGAAGCCCUUCCUUGCUUCCAGUUACUCCGGAUGGGCCCAGUGUCUCCGGGGGAUUCACCCAACCGGGAUCUUUACACCUUCCGACCGGCCAGGCCCAGCUGCAUCUAUCGGCUGGGCCGUCGGGCCGAGGUCUGUGAUGUUGUUCUGGUGUCGGAGCAGAAUCCAACCUUGAUCUCCCGGAUCCAUGCAGAGAUCCAUGCUGAGAGGGACGCUGACAGCGCAGCUGGGGAGUGGCGUGUGGGCCUGGUGGACUACAGCAGUCAUGGUACUUACGUCAAUGCCGUUCGUACUCCCCACGGCCAGCGUGUGGAUUUGAAUGAUGGGGAUCUUCUAACGUUUGGUCACCCCAACCCUGUGCCGGAGGGCUGCACACUGCUACCACCACAUGGCAACUCAGAGUUCUACUUCCUCUUCCAGAAAGUCCACGUCAGGCCCCAGGAUUUUGCUGCUAUCACUGAGCCCAAAGCUCCUUGGGCUUCUUCCUGCGGCUUCAGGCCAGUGCUGCCCUCUGGCAACCACCGCAUCCGCCCGCUUUCCCGCCACUCGCCGACCUCCCUUUCCUGCCGUUCCAAAGCCACCCUCAUCCUCAGCUCCAUUGGCAGCCUCAGCAAACUUAAGCCGCAGCCGUUCACCUUCUCUCUCGACCGGGGCCGCCCCACGGAAGCCCCCGCCCAGCCAAGAACCUCUCGGAAUCGCCGCAAGUCGGCGCACACGCUUCUGCCUGAGCUGGAGGAUGAGAUCACCCGCCUGGAAGAGGAGCAGCCGCCCCCAGUCAAAGUCCAGCGGUUGGGCAACUACGCACAUUGUCACGGCGACCCUUUGCGGCUGCCACCAAGAGCGCCAGAGGGAAGCAAGAACCCACACAAAGAUCUGAGGCCAAAGCUUCACAUCACACCCACUGG